UUUCUCACGGGCUCCUCGCGUGAUAACUGGGUCACGACGACGACGACGACGGGGAUUUCAUCGUCCGAUAUCUCGGACGGAUUUGACAGAAAUUCACGAUCCGGUAAAAGAGGAACGUUUCCUCUCUUUCUCACGGUUCUUGCGAUUUCUUUCUUUUUUAAUCAUGACCGUUUUGUGGUGAUAUCGCGUGUCCGGAGGAAGGAGAGAAGAAAAGUUUGAUAAUGAAGGCGAAGGUGCGUAAGAACGCGCGAGAGAACGACACGCGGAGCUGACGAACGAACGAAGAGUGGGGGCGAGGCACUCGCGAGGGCCAACAUCCACAUACCGUGCCGCAGGUGGAACGGCUAAUUGCAGUUGUACCUGUGUCACCUGCGCGCCACCGCGCCGCGGUCGCGAAUUUCCGCGUCUCGAUAGAAAGAACGUGCGAACCCGCCUCUUCGUCGUGGUUCCUUCGAACAGAUAACUCGGCGCUUCAACUUCACGAUGCGGCGAGGGUCCGUCAGCAGUUGGCAGUCCUAUGGACAGCGAAAUUCCGACUGCAUGAUGCAGACGUAUUCCGGCAACACCGCGCUGUCUCCGCCUAACGAAGAGAUCGUCCAUCAUCGGAAAGGUGGCUGGUUCUUGACGUACAAAAAAAUCCUUUCCUUCAUCGUUCUGAUCGUCGUCGCUGUGAUCGUUGCCGGUCUGAUAGGCUGGAAUAUCGGCACGAUGCCAAAAACGAGAACAUACGAUCCCUUAGCCCUCAUCGAGGACGAGACGGAGGAGGGCGACGUCAUCAUAGCCUCGAUAUCGCCCUUCGUUCAUCCUCUGAGAUAUCGUCUGGAAUUGACGCCGCCGAGCGACGUGAACGCGACUUCCAAGUUCAAAGGGCGAGUCGUCGUCGAAUUCCGGAUCGACGGCACGCCGUCCUUGAGUAAAUUGUCCAUCAAUGCGUGGAACAUCACGACCACGCGUUACAAGCUGUCAUUCGUCGAGGGGAGCAACGCGAAGAGGAGACGCAGGAGACGCGACGACGAAAACGCCGGCAAUAAUGCUACCGCACUGAAUCAUACCGUGACGCCGUCCUCGGAAAAGCAGGAAGGCACGCAGGAAGAUAUCACGAACCAUCCUCUGGAAAACGUUACGUCCUUCGGCAACGAGAUCUCUUCACAGGACAAGGAGACCGACGAGGGAGCCGCGACGAACGCGACGACGUUUGAACCGCCGUCUAAUACGGUGAUGAUUUCCGGUGACGGAAACGCGACCGAAGUGGAAAUCCAGCGAUACGAGGUAGAUGCUAAUAACGGAUUACACGUGAUACAUCCGGCCGUCGCCAUGAGUCCGGGGAGGUACAGCUUGGAGAUCGAUUACGAGAUUCUGCCCGACGGCAAGACGAUUUACUCGGCGAGCUUCGGCGAGCCCGGCGAGGAAAAAUCGCUGACCGGGGUGCAGUUGAAGCCGACGGGCGCCUCGCGUCUCCUGCCAAUUUUCGACGACGUGAGUCUCAAGGCUGUCUUUUCGGUAUCCGUGGCACGUCCGCGAGAAGCGAGAGUUCUCUCGAACACGCCUCUCAAGAGCUCCCGAGACACAUCGGACGAUUGGGUGAUUGACACCUUCGAGGACACCCCGUUGUUGUCGCCUUACAAUCUGGCCUUCGUGGUGGGCGAGAUCGAGUCGUUGGGCGACACGAAAGCGGGACCCGAUAACGCGACGGUGACUUUCUGGGGCGACUCGAAGAGACGGACGCGAGGGAUGUAUCUCAUCGACAAACUCUACCACGUCGUCGGACACCUGAACGACGUGUUCUCGAUGCCUUAUCCGUUGCCGAAAUUGGAUAUCGUCGCGUUACCGUCGCGGAUCGCCGACGACGCCGGGAAUUUGGGACUGAUAUCGAUGAGGCAAUCACUCUUCUACGUCGCGGAUCGAUCCCCCAUGGCCACAAAGGUAGAUGCGUUAAGUGCUCUGAUAAGCCUGAUAGGAGAACAAUGGCUGGGCGGUGUGGUGAACAUGAAGAAUUGGACGGAUGUUUGGCUGUUGGAGGGCACUACACUUCACUUACGACAUACCGUGAUCGAGAAGAUAGAUCCGUCACUAGACUCCAAUCAUGCGUUCAUCGCGGACAUGCAAUGGGAUGCUAUGGAAGAGGAUGGUUACAGCGUUUCAAAGCCGCUGCGAUCGAACAUCAAUCCAGCUCACCUGGAUUUCUCGGAUGACAACGCUCGACAUAAGAAAGGUGCAUGCUUGAUUCGCAUGUUGCAUGGCGUGAUAAAUGAUACCGCCUUUAGGAACGGCUACCGGAAGUUCAUAGCGAGGUGGAACUAUUCGACAGCGGGCGUCGACGACUUUUGGGAAGCGAUGGCGGAAGAGACCGUCGCUUUCCCGGCGGAUAUCGCUCUGUCCAAAGCGUUGGACACUUGGAUCUCGUAUCGCGGCUAUCCGAUCGUCAGGAUCGUGAGGAAUUAUGAGGGGGACAGCGCCAUCAUUCGACAGGAAAGAUUUACGUACGAUCAGUCGUCGUCACCCGACACUCAACUGACGUGGUACGUGCCGCUCGACUAUAUUAACAAAACGAGCGAUGAUUGGUCAUCUCCGACAAAAACGUGGUUGCAUUCCGAAGAGGAAAUGGUGUUGCAUAAUGUCGCUACUCGGGAUUCUUGGGUCGUGUUCAACGUGAAUAAAACAGGUUAUUAUCGUGUGAAUUACGACGAGGAAAAUUGGAAGCUCCUGGCGCAGGCUCUCGAAGAGAAUCACGAGAUUCUCCCGGCGGAAACCAGAGCGUCGCUCAUCGACGACGUUUUUGGGCUCGCCGCGGUCGGCCUGACGAAAUACGCGACCGCCUUCGACUUCAUUAAAUAUAUGCAAAUGAGAGAACGGCAUUACGCUCCUUGGGGUGUCCUGAUGCGUCAUCUGUUGAAGUUGAACGGUCUUCUCUACGAGACGUCGGGUUUCAGCGACUUUCAGGAAUUUACAUUGAGAUUCACCUCGCAACUAUACUCCGACGUGGGAUGGAAAAUCGACGAGGGAUCGCGACUAACUUUGACCGCCGUUACGAUAGCGUGCGUGUUCGAGAAUGCAGAAUGCCUCGAGUGGUCUAAGAAUCAUUUCGCCAAACUGAAGGACCAUUCCGACGCGGACGAAGUCGUACCGGCGUACGCACGCGAGAUUCUAUACUGCACCAUUGCGCGAUACGGCACGCGAAACGAGUGGAAUUACUUCGUUGAGAGGGCGAACUCCACGGCGGAUAGCGAGGAGAAGAAUCGCCUUUUCUCGGUGUUCGCGUGCUUCCAGACGCCGUGGAUCUUGCAGUCGUUACUCAGCGAGCUUCUCGAGGGUAAGAUGUACAGCGAGGACGAGACGCUGAGAAUUUUAAGAAGUUUCCCGCAGAAUCCGGUCGCUGCGCAAAUCGCCUACAAGUUUGUGCGAAAUAAUUGGCAUGUUAUCGUCACGAGAUCCCGUCCGGUCGUGAGAGCCUUUGCGCUGGCGACGACGAACGGUCUGACCGCUGAGGAGGACUUGGACGACUUCCAGACCUUCAGCGAGGACAAUCACGAGACCAUAAAGAUCGUGGGGUACACGAUGGCGAUGGUCGAGGCGCACGCUAAUUUUGCGAUCAAAUGGCUGAAGGAGUCCUUGCCGGAGGUCCAAGAAUGGCUAACGGCGAACAACACCACGGAGAUUUCGACGUGAAUCUCUGAUCCGGGAGAUCCUUUGACCGGUCACGCGGUGAAGGGAGAACCGCCGCUCUUCACGAUUCCGCAUCGAUUCGAGCGGAUCGCCGACGCUCGCGCGCGUCUACAACUGCGUGGGGCUUUUUCUACGACAACAAGUUUUAUUUCUCCGUAUGCUUUUGUCAAGCAUGAUUACAAAACCAAGCAACAAGAAUCUCGUCCUUACAUCGUGUAAGCCUUAGAACGACGGUCGUUUAGUAUAAUAAGUACAUAUUUAACAAACGAUAUACAUAAUAAUCAUAUCUAA